AUGCGUCCCUCCAGCUACAUCCCGCUCCUCGCCGGCGCUGCCAUUGCGCAAGAGUCCGCGACGAUCCUCAACUUCUUCCAAUUCGACAGCACCCUCACCGUGCUCGGUUCGGAUGCGAGCGCAACAACCUAUGAGAACAGCUGCCCGUCAGAUGGAGUCGGCGUGUCAGUCGUGCCGUCUGAUCUUCUACCGAUCACAGACGACCCCUCCGAGACUCCCUCACCUACACCCGCGCCUCGCAUGCGCCGCCAGGACGAUGAUUCCAACGAGGACUACUCCUUCUGCGAGCCUUAUACCAUCCUACAAGGCCCCGAGACGUACGAGAUGCACCUCACGGACCCGACUCCAGGCGCGUGGACAAUGGAUAUGGCCUGCAGCUGGCAGGGCGCAAUGUCAACGGCAGACUUGACCUGCGACGUCACCCAGAGCGGAUACGUCCCGGACCAGGCCGACCAAGUCGCGUCCACGAGCGUCUUGUCGCAGAGCGAGAUACAGGAGAUGGAGGCGUAUCAGGUGGUUGCACUAGUCACCGCAACUGGUGCGUCUUCCCCAGGAUCAGCCUCAGCGACUGGAGGGCCAUCACCUACUGGCCCGGCAUCAGGAACAGGAGCUACAUCGCCUUCGAGGUCUCAAUCCGGUGCCGCCUCGACGCCGAGCACUGGUUUAGCACCUGCUGGAUCUCUCCCGACUGCCUUGGCCAUGAUGGGUGCUGUGGGCAUUUUGGCGGCAGCCGUAGCUCUGUGA